UCUGUAGGCUUUGUUUCAGGAAAGUAUCGGAUUUGUUUUUCCAUGGCUAUAGUACUGGAAACCCUUGCGAAAAGUUGAUUCUCUUUCGAUUUUUGGAUUCCCUAACCGUUUCUCGGAAGCUUCCGGUGAUUAAUUUGGUCGAUUUCCUUCUUCAAAUGGGUCUUCACAGUUGGAUUGUCCGCUUUCCUGUGUUCUGAUAUGUUUUAUUCGGCCGGAUAGCUCUUUCUGGCCGUUUUCUUCGUUUUUGCGCAAAACAGGAGGUUGAAGAAUUCAUGCUUAAAUAUUGCUAAAACACUAUUGAUUUUUGGAAUUCCACCCUAUGUUUAACGAAAAUGUUUACACUGCAGAAGUAACUUUUUGUGGUUGAACUUCAAAACAAUGUACCCAGGUGGUUACACUGCUGAAGUAACAUGCCUAUCUCCUAGUGCAUCGGAGAAGGACAUACAUGAGUUUUUUGCUCACUGUGGUGAAAUUGAACAUGUGGAAAUCAUCAGAUCAGGUGAAUAUGCUUGUACUGCUUAUGUGACAUUUAAAGAUGCAUAUGCUCUGGAAACUGCAGUCCUGCUCAGUGGAGCUGCAAUUGGGGAUCAACAUGUAUACAUAUCGCGGUGGGGUACAUACAUUGAUGAAUCAGACCCUUGGAAUUACCCGUUAGACGAACAUAGCUCCAUGGGUACACAAAGCGGGCCAUUUAUUUCUACUCCCGGAGAAGCUGUAACAGUGGCACAAGAUGCAGUGAAAACCAUGAUAGCAAAGGGAUACAUUUUGGGGAAAGAUGCAUUAGUCAAGGCCAAAGCUCUGGACGAGUCCUACCAAGUGUCAUCCACUGCAGCAGCCAAGAUUUCAGAGCUCAGCGAUAGGAUUGGCCUCACUGAGAAGGUCAGUGCAGGCAUCAGGGCCGCUAAAUCUGUCAACGAGAAGUACCAUGUUUCAGAGGCCAGCAUGUGGGCUGCAUCUUAUACUGGGAAAACCGCCAUGGCGGCUGGGAAUGCUGUAGUCAACAGCAGUUACUUCGCCAAGGGAGCUCUUUGGGUCUCCGAUGCCCUGAAUCGGGCAGCCAAAGCUGCAGCCGAUUUAGGCAACAAUGCUGGUAACAACGCUGUUAAAAAGUGAACUACUUUGUCUAUGGACAAGCCUUUGCUGUGGUGAUAAUUAUGACCUAUGUAAAUCAAUAGACUCGCUCCAUAUAUAGCUACUACUUGUCAUCUUGUUUUGAGACCAGUCAGUGCUUGUGCUUGCCAUGGUUUCUUCCUUUCUUGGACCCCUCUCCAUGUAUAGGGUUAAAAGUUGCAUAAAUCCAAGAAUGUCCUUUGGCUGUGACAUUUUUCUUUUUUGGGGGGGUACAAAGGUGGCUUAUAUAUCAUCAUAUGUAGGAAGUCUUGCGGUUUUUAUGUUUCUUCCAAUUCAGGCGGGGCCAUAUUAUGACUAAGUUAAGAGAACAAUAUCUUGAAUAUAUGGUUUUUGGAAUUUGAAAGGCCGAGUUGAGUA